UAUUCUUCAUCGAUCAGUUCCUUUUCUUUCUCUUGCAGCCUAACAUCUUUCAAUUGAAGCUUCUUAAGAAGCUUUACAAGCGUAAUUUGCUCCGUUGCUUCCAUCCACUCUAAGGCCUACGAUGCUUCUUUCCACGCAACAACUUGCCGUUCCCUUCCCUCCAAAUUUGAGUUCAAGAAGCCAUGCGUCCAAGAAAAAGAGUCACGGGGCGAACCAGCUCAUCCCCCUCCUGCAGAGCUGCAAAUCCAUCGGCCAAAUCCCGCAGCUCCACGCCCUGGUCAUCAAGGCCGGCCAGGACCGGAAUCCCCUGGUGCUCUUCAAGAUGCUUCGUCUUUGCUCCAAGCUCAGUUCCAUGGACUACGCCUUGCAAGUCUUCGAGACGAUCCUCGAUCCGGAUGUCUAUCACUAUACCGCCCUUUUGGAGGGGCACGUCGCACUCGCCUCGCCUCGCAGUGCCAUCGAGCUUUACUUCCGAAUGGUCGGCGAGCAGAUCCGACCUGAUGCCGUCGUGAUCGCUUAUGUUCUGAAAGCCUGUGCGUCGGUGUCGGCUCUUCCCGAUGGCAGACAGGUUCACUGUCAGGUUCUGAAGCUGGAUCUCGGUCGUGAACGGCCCAUUAAGAUGAGAUUGAUGGAGCUGUAUGCCAGGUGCGCGCUAUUCGAGGACGCGAAACUGGUGUUUGGUGAAAUGCCCGGGAGGGAUGCUGUUGCUGCAACCAUCUUGGUCUCUAGUCUCUCCGAUCAUGGUUUGCUGGAGGAGGCACGGGCGGUGUUCGAUAGCGUCCUAGAUAAGGAUGCUGUAUGCUGGACCGCAAUGAUCGAUGGGUAUGUCCGGAAUGGGCUGGCGAAUGCGGCGUUGGAUUUGUUCAGAGAGAUGCAGAGGGAGUGCGUCCGACCCAACGAAUUCACUGUCGUUUGCAUCUUAUCGGCUUGUUCUCAGUUGGGAGCACUGGAGCUGGGAAGAUGGGUUCAUUCGUACGUGGGAAAGAACAAUGUUAGGUUGAACGCUUUCGUGGGUUCUGCACUCGUCGACAUGUACGCGAAAUGUGGAAGCCUGGAGGAAGCACUUGUGGUGUUUGAUGAAAUGGAAGAGAAGGAUGUAGUGACAUACAAUUCGAUGAUUGCUGGCCUAGCAAUGCAUGGAAGGAGCAACGAAGCAGUAAAGGUUUACGAGCAAAUGGUCAGAGACGGUGUGAGACCAACACACCUAACAUUUGUCGGUGUUCUGAAUGCUUGCAGCCACAGCGGGCUUGUGGACGUGGGGUUCGAGGUCUUCGAAUCUAUGGCCAAGGACUAUGAGUUAGAACCACGGAUCGAACAUUAUGGCUGUGUGGUGGACCUUCUUGCCCGUGUCGGACGCCUAGAGGAAGCAUACGAGUUUGCCAAAGGGAUGAGAGUCGAGCCUGAUCAUGUUAUAUGGAGCGCUUUGCUAAGUGCUUGUAAGAUCCAUGGCCACCUCAGCCUAGGCGAAAAGGUAGCUCAGAUUCUGAUCGAUAGUGAAGCUGCUGACUCUGGAACCUUUGUUCUCCUCUCCAACGUCUACUCGUCGUUCGGGAAAUGGAAAGAGGCUGCAAGGAUCAGGGCGAAUAUGAGAGGAAAGGGAAUACUGAAAGAACCAGGGUGUAGCUCCAUUCAAGUAGGUAACGAGAUCCAUGAGUUCCUACUGGGGGACAUUCGACACCCUCGGCGGAAAGAGAUCUACACGAAGCUAGAGGAUUUGAACGGUGUGCUGAGGCAAGAAGGAUUUGUCCCAGCCAAGGAUGUUGUGUUGCAAGACAUAGAGGAGGAAGAGAAGGAAUGGGCUUUGGCUAUCCACAGUGAGAGGCUGGCGAUAUGCUUCGGGUUGAUCACGACCGAGCCAGGUACGACACUGCGAAUUGUGAAGAACCUCAGAGUGUGCAGUGACUGCCAUUCCAUGAUUAAGAUCAUUGCAAAGGUAACAGGGAGGAGGAUCGUGGUGAGGGACAGGAACCGGUUCCACCAUUUUGAAGAUGGAUCCUGUUCUUGUGGGGAUUACUGGUGAACACAAGUCAGCUGUACUUGUUUUUGUUGAUCUCACGGAGAGAAGGAACGGAUUAGUGAAGAAAUGAACUCAAAAUUCUUGUGCCAUUUUCAAAGGACUCUUGAAGCUUACGGAGCAAAGCAUUAGCGGAAGAA